AUUCUAGGUUAUGUUUACUUUCUCGUAGAAGGCAGCAUGAAAUUUCGCUGGCGUGUGGCGAAGUCGAAGAUAUUUGGUCGAAGUGUUGAAAAACCUGUGAAAAACUGCUUAAAAGUUGAAGUUAGAUCCUACAGAUAAAUAAAGAAGAAUCAUUCAUUACUUUCAGUUCAUAAGUGCGAUUAUUUCAUUGUUGUUUUAAGGAGACUUCGCUUGCCAGUGCAGUUCAGUGCAGUGAAAGCAUGGUUCUGUGUUCAGGCUCAUUUCCGUGAUUUUUACUGUUUUGCUGAUGACAUCAUGCCAUUGUGCAUCGUGGACGGCUGCCCAAACAGGUCGUAUAAGAAGUCAGCUCGCCAACUGGAGGUAGAAAAGGAGUUGGGGCGAACGAUCUCUUUUCACAAAUUCCCUGCUGACGUGCAUUUACGGAGCCUCUGGCUGAAAGCUAUCAAGCAGCCCGAAAUUGAUCCAGAUCGGAGCAAAAUAUGUUGCCAGCAUUUUGUUCCUGAUCAACUUGAGUGCAACCCUCAGUUUAUACUUGUCAAACCAAAUGCAGUUCCUAGCGUUUUCCCUGGCCUGCAACAUCAGAAUCUAAGGAGCUGCACACAGCAGUACAGUUUUAUGUUGGGCCAGAAGGUUAGCAUAAAACUACAUGUUCGUGCCUUGUGGCAGGAUCGUCCAUACAGGUAAUCAUCUAAAAGCUUUGUGUGAGGUGCGUUCUUCUAAUGUCAUUUUGGGUAAAUAGUCUUCUUGCACAUUUUCACAAUGGUUUUUCCCUUUCUUUGCAUUUCUUUGCACGAAGUUCAUUAAAUAUUUGCCAUACCUCAGACCUAGGUAAUGAGAUCUAUCUUGGUAGAUCAGAGGUGUCCUGUUUUCCAUGCAAGACCUACAGUUUUUUUGUCAUCACAGCCAGUCCGUUUUUUGCGCUUUUUUAUUCACACUUUACUUCCUUUAAAUGCAGUUUAACGUUGUUGUGAUCUUCAAGAUAUCCCUUCCCUUUAUUAAUAGCAGAAAAAUGUCUAUCUGUGUCACUGGGAGUCUCAUACUCGUUUCAUUUUGCUACAUCAAGAGGAUUGAAAGCCAGUGUCACUUCUUGCAUGGAAGUAAUAGAAUUUCACCUAUAUUUCAAGAUAACUCACUUCUUAUGUAGUCUUGUUUAGUCAGCUGUUGCCAUUUAAUAAAAGAAUGGAGCCAAUCUAUUGUUCAAACAAAACCUCAUCAGCUUGUAUCACACAACAAUUCUUUCAGAUCACCGAUACUAGGUCCAGCCUAAAUUUUUAUUCACAUAGUGCAUGCAUUUUCCGGAUGAUUUUUAAAAUUUUUUGAAUGAUUUGAUGCUGAACAUAUCAACGUUAUUUCUGCUGUCGCUCACUCAUGUUCCACUCAUCUGGAAAUCUUCUGCUUCUUCAUUUCCUCACUAUUCACAAAACUAUCUGUAUUUUUGCUGAGUAUUGAACUUCUGCCUCUUGCCCAUGCUGACCUUUUGUAUGUGGAUGAGUUUCUUUCAAUGUUCAUUCUCAUGAUUUUGAAACUUUUGGCUUUUGGAGUGAAUUUUUUUAAAUUUACUAACCGACUGAUUUGAUGGAAAACAUCAACAUUAUUCCAGCUGUUGUUCACUUGAAUUUUGCUGAUCUCCUAAUCUCACUCUUUCAUUCCCCUUCUGCUCCCGUAAUUGUCUGCAUUUUUACUGAAGACUAAAUUUCUGCUUCUUGCUUGCUGAGCCUCUGGAAUUUUAAAUUUUUUGAUCAGUGCUCAUUUUCCUAAUUUUGGAACUCGACGCCUGAUAGAUUUAUCCGACCAUGCAAGGAGAUUAAUUCUGAUCUCAGGAAUAUGUAUUAAUUAUAAUCCAUACUCUAAUCCAUAUUCUUUUUUUAUUCCAUAUUUUUCAAUAAUGCUUGGUGUGAAGUAAGUUGCAGUUGCAUUUUAUGUCUUCACAACGAAAGUGAUCAAAGAAAUCUCUCACAGUUUACUUGGGACAUACUCUGCAGAAAAAAGAAAGGAAAUACUUGAGUAGUGAUGAGUAAUUUUAAUUUUGCUUGGGAUCGUUUGAAUGCAUGAAAUUUUUCAAUAUUGGAGUAUUUUACAACUUGCUGAAUGCCAGAUUUGUUUCCUAAUUUACAAGAUAUAUGUAAAUAUAUUUGCUCCAGUGCUCCACGUAUCUUCAAGUUACGUUAAUUAAAAUGAUUCAAGAAGUCUAACUUCUGCUCAUCGUUUACACGAACAUGUUUUAUGGUUUUGAUCGAACUUUGCCUGGAUUGUUUUCUUUUUUCCUCUCCUAAUGAAGGUUUGUGAAACGUCUGUUUUGGUGACCUGGGUUUCUUUAUUUGCAAACAGACUAACAGAAUUCUCUAUAACUUAAAUCUUUGUUUUAUGCGCUGAAAAAAUUGUUUGACCUACACCAAAAAACUAAUGUAUAUAAUUGGUGCUAAUUUGUCUUAUCGCUUUCAAUGAGUUCUUGCGCAUUAGCAAUUAGUCAGCUACUGAGGGUUGUAUAAGUGUGUUUUUGAAACACUGUGAAUUUCUACAAUGGUUACUCAAACCAUUAUUUUUGUCUCCUUGUACUCACUUGUUUUUCUUUUUUCUUUCUGCCUUGUGCUUUUGUACAUACUCCUGAGUUGCCUCCUCUCUCAAAUUAAAUGAGAAUAAUCUGAAAUUAUAUUACUUUAUCCUUUCAUUUACUGCUUUGACUUUUCAUUAUUACAAUUAUUUGAUUUAAAGUUCACCUUUCAAAGAGGAAAAAUAGUGUAAUUUAGACUUGAGCAAAAUCAUAAAAUCUCUGAAAAUGUUAAAAUUUCAAAAAGGAAUAAAUAGUUAUAAUUGGAAUCCGAGCAAAAUUAUAAAAUCUCUGAAAAUGUACGCUUUGUCAUUGUCCUAUAUUCAUUUCUCAACUCUUGCACUAGUUUGAACUGUACUUUGCCUCUCUUUACUUAACCACUUGCUUUUACUCCUAAUUUAUUUAUGGUCAUGAUUGGCGUGCUAUUUUGCUUGUGGUGUAUUUUCUUCUUUCCCCAUAAUGUAUUGCCUCUGAAACUGAAACAUUUUUUUGGUGAGCAGGGAUUUUUUAUUUUGCUAACAGGUUAAAGGGAAUUUUUCCUAAUUUCAUCCUUGUGUGAUGCAUCAAGCAAUAUGUUUUUUUCUUUUCCUGUUGUAUCAUUAUAUUUACUUUCUGAUUAAAACAAUACUUUUUCUCAAAUCAAAAA